AUGCGGGAGAACCCAGAGCUGGCCUAUUUCAAGCCUGUGUUUAGGGGCGAUUAUUGUUGGCGCCUGUGCCACCUCGUUCUCACCCCGCCCCCUGAGGGUGUCCAUGUUGGACCGCGGGUUUUCGAGCGCCGCAAGGCCAAGGAGUACAAUAUCCACGCGGAGUGGGCCAGCGAUGAGCAAAUGAGACUCAAGCGUGUGAUUGCCGAAAUCGACACCUCUGGCCCUGACUUCCUGCGUCCAGAAGAAUUGGAGGACCUAAAGAAGCGAAAGUCAAAUGUUCCACCAGCACUGAAGCCUUCCAACAACUUACCAUAA